CUUGUUCAGCUUAGCGGGAGAGACCAGCACGCCUGCAAACUGCCAUCGAGACCUGGACCCGGAGAGGAGUUGAGCUGUGGUGUUGAGUUUCAGUGCAAGGGGAGAUUCCUGCAUGACAGGCUGGAACGGGUCAUCUUACACAGACAUGAAUAUAAGAAAAGGACUUUGAUAAGACUUGAUGAGAAAUACUUCAUUCACUGUGGAACAGGCUGGAUUUUAACCUUGGAUUAAUGUAAUCUGUGAGGAAAACCAAAACAAGAAGCUCAUGGAAACAGAAUUGUACUGGGAGAAAGUUUGGCUCUCAUGUUUUGCCCCAGCUGAAACGUGGAAGAAGAACAGCUCAUCUGUUUUUUGUUCCUAUAUGCUUUUUGAGGAGCAAACAACCAUCUGAGUCCUGCAAUGGAGAACGCCGUCCUGGAGCCCAGAUCAGAGCGGAUUGCCCGCUACAAGGCUGAGAGGAGGCGAGAACUGGCCGAACGCUAUGGCAGCAUUGACGAGCUUCCUUCUAAGUGGGUGAGAAGGGAUGAGAAAAAGGUUCAUGAGCCAGCGAGCCAAGCGCAUGGAGGAACGUUAAACUCUCAUGGCCUGAGUGAAAAAAUGAACAGCAGAACACAGGAAGUUUCAAAUGGAUUAGAGGCUCCUGCUGAGUCCGACUGCCUGAGAAGGCAGGGUUCCCAGAACUCUGCUAGCAUGCAGAGUGGGGAAGAGCCUCAUGUCCCUCAUGGACUUGACGGCCCGCAGCUCCACACUCGGGUGUCCGUGGGCCAGUUGAGAAGUGCUCUUCUACAGCAGACGGAGAGCGGAGCACAGCCCGAGAAAGCUAGCUUCCCUGAUGCUGGGCAAGCCACAUCCUCUCUGGACCUGGCUGUAAACCCGGGCUCUGAAGGGGGUCGGCGACGCACUCGGCGUUACCUCCCUAGCGCGUCAGGCGGUAACAGAAAAACUAGCGAACGCUUCAGGACACAGCCAAUCACAGCCAAUGAGAUGGAGGAGAGCAGUGGGUGCUUGGAUCCAGAGAACGAGGAAAACAGCAAAGCAGAUGUAAAAACAGAUGACAGAGCCAAAAUGAGUGUGGCAGCCAAGAUGUCUCUGUUUAAAGAGCUGGAGAAGUCUUCAGCCUCCGAGGCCUCGGCCUUCCUCAAGCCUCGCUCAGGCUGCGUCUCUCAUGAACGCAGGAGCCGGCGUGGCAACGACCAUCGCUUUCUGACACAGCCAAUCACCUGUGGAGAAAUAGUGGCAAUCAGCACUCCCAAACCAACACCACCAGUGGAGGUCCAGUCUGUGCAGGCUGAGUCAGAGGAGGAUGGCGAUGAGAGCUGCAAGCUGAGCAUGAGCGAGAAGCUGGCCCUCUUCAACAAACUGUCCCUGCCUGGGAGGGAGGGAGCCGGGCCUGCUGACGGGCCCCCAGAGAGACGAAGGCAAAAGGGGGCUCGGUACCGCACGCAGCCCAUCACUGUGGAGGAGGUCAGUCUGCUCCAGAAAGGCCCUGUUCAGCUUCCUGCCCUCUGUUUGUCCCCUCAUAUGUCUGACAGACAGCAGGCCUCGUCUGUCAACCUGAAACCCAGUGAGGUACGUCUUUCACAGUCCACAUCAGAUGCCGGCACUGGACUCGGAAAAUCUGGUCCGACUCAACAGGGACCACAGUGCUACGACUCUGAGCCAGGCUUAAAAGGAAUCCUGAAGAAGAGCCGCUCUGCAGGCUCGGAGUGGAGCAGGACAGAAGCCAGUCAGGUAGACGCAUCAUACAGCCACGAACAGAAUGGUGGAGGCUGUAGAGAAGCGGCGAUACACGGGAGCAAAGCCGGAGGUGAGAGGGAGGGAACUUCUACAGCACCACAGAGAGAGAGACGAGAGGCCAGUGGUAUGGAGGAAGGUUCGCAGUCUGCUGCUCCCUGGAGGCAGAGGGCUAGAAACAGGAGGGAAACCAUUGCCUGCACGCCAAUAAGAGCCUUGUCAGAGCAGGAUGCUCCACAGCAGGAGAGGUCCUGCCAGUCCAAACAUGAACUGAGCUUUUCCUCUGAGAAAAACAGCGUAGACAUCAAUGGAAGAGCCAAGCAAGAGGAAGACCAAAAGGCCAUGAGUAAGAUGCAUGAUGACACCACAGAUAUAAAAGCUGUCCGGGUCACCUCAGAAGAGUGCGCGCCUAAACUGCAGGAGACAACCAACGGCAGCAGAAGUGAGUAUCAUGUGCUGGAAGAGUCAGAAAACCCUCAUCUUGAGAAUGACAACCUUCAGUGCUGGGAGCCCGUCUUUGCCUCUGUCUAUUCUAUCAAUACGCCCCAAUAUAUCAUGUGUUUUAAUCAGACUAACCUCUCCUUUGAGGCACAAGAAGUCUUCUCUCCUACGAACAAUCAGAGUCAGCCUCAGUGGAGACAUAAGGAUAAAGGAACUGAGUUUCAGAUGACUGAAUUUGGAGAAUUGAAAACACAGCAGGAAAGCAAAGGGCAGGAGGCUGGAAGCACGGCUAAGACAAGCCUUGUAUCUGGCGAAUCACGUAGAAAUGGUAUCGCUCGCAACAGGAGACACUCCACUGAUGCUCCAUCAUGCAAAAAUGAAGUGACUCCACAGAGUUCUUCACCAACAGUCGCUACUCAGGAGGUAAAGGAAGAGACGCCUGUUGAUGAACCAAACAUGUUUGAUGGCGGUUUCUACUGUGAGCAGUCACCUCCUUCAGCCUGCCCCCCAGCUUGUGGUGGGAUUGCUGCCUCAGAGGGUGAGCAGGACCUGGGAGUCUUCUGCCAGACCAACACACCCAUAUUGACCUCAGCAGUAGCAGAGCACAGGCGGUCGGUACGUCCGUCCCGUCGGACUCAAGGCUCCAGAAACCCUCUGAGGGCUCUCGCAGCCAGAGAGGACAUCAGGCAGGACUUCAUGGGGGAGAGAGUCAAUUCAUCGGCUCAGGAGAGGAUCCAAGCAGAAAAAAAGUCUAAGAACUCGUCUAUGGCAGACUCACCUCCCUUAAGAUCUGAAGAAUCCUCCUUAGAUGCCGAGACAGCUAAGUCUUACCCGCCCUUCAGCAGCCUGAUGCUAAUUCACAUCAAAGGUAGGCGGCAUGUUCAGGUCCGCCUGGUUGAGCCCUCAGUGCGGUCACUGAACAGCGGAGACUGCUUCCUGCUGGUCACUCCAGAGCACUGCAUCCUGUGGAGUGGAGAGUUUGCCAACGGACAAGAAAAAGCAAAGGCCUCUGAGCUGGCUUUGUUCAUCCAGAGCCAAAGGGACCUUGGUUGUUUUGCUACUCAAAUUGUCCACCUGGAGGAGGGCAUGAACUCUGACAGCAGUGUGGCUGCAGACUUCUGGAGUCUGUUGGGAGGAAGAACACAGUACAAAGGAGCUGGUGCUCCAGAGGAGGAUGAGCUCUAUGAGCGCAGUGUGGUGGAGUCCAACUGUGUGUACAGACUGGUGGAAAACAAACUGGUGCCUCAUGAACAGGCUUGGGCCUCCAUCCCCAGCAUCACCCUGCUGGCCUCCUCUGAGGCCCUGGUGUUUGAUUUCGGCAGUGAGAUCUAUCUGUGGCUCGGACAGGACGUUUCCCUCAGGAGGAGAAAUGUUGCUCUCCAGUUGACUCACCAGGUGUGGGUUGGAGCUUAUGACUACAGCAACUGUCAAGUAAACCCACUGGAUCCCACUCAGUGUAACCCUGCAAUUCAGCUACGAGGAGAAGGCCGUCCCAGCUGGGCUCUGUUCGGCGUCCUCACUGAGAGCAACGAGACGGCUCUGUUCAGGGAGAAGUUCCUGGACUGGAUGUGCAGGGUUGGAGGCAGAGAGGAAGUGGCUUCAGGGACGGAUCAGACGCAGUCCAUCCCAGUCCAGUCGUCCCAGCCGCUCUCCCCUCCAUCAGACUUCUUGAGUCCCUGCGAUGCCAAAGCUCUAGUAUCGGGUCAGUGCUUAGAAGGUGACGGUUUGGUCCGUACUGUGCUGGCUGGGGUCGAUGUCCAGAGAGGUCAUGGUGUCAUCAUGCUGACGGAGGAACGUCAGAUGGAGCUUAAAACAGUAGCGGUGGACACCUGGCACGUCCAGGAGUUUGACGACAGUGAAAUCCCAGUGGAGAGCAACGGACAGCUUUAUGAAGGAGACUCUUAUGUAAUCCGCUGGAAGUACAGCAUCAGUACAGCUGACAACACAGACAGCUCAGAUGAGUGUGGGACAGAUCCUGCACCAAAGGAAAAGACGGCCUUCUUCCUGUGGCGAGGCCGUCACUCCAGUGUCAGUGGACGGGACACAGCUGCUUUCCUUUCCAUCGGGAUGAGGAACCAUGAAGAGUCACAGGUGGUUGUGCCUCAGGGAAAAGAACCGCCCUGUUUCCUGCAGCUUUUCAAGGGAGGCUUGGUCAUUCACAAAGGAAAGCAAGAGGAAGCUUCCAUCAACACAGACGGUUGGCGUCUGUUUUGUGUGCGAGGGGAGCUCCCAGAAGAGGGUUUUCUGUUAGAGGUGGACUGCUGCUGUGCGGGUCUGAGGUCUAGAGGCUGUGUUGUCCUGCUAAAUGGCCAGCAGGGAGUGCUCUAUCUCUGGAUUGGUUGUAAGGCUCACAGCAGCACAAAGGAAGUCAGCAAGAGGGUGGUGGAGGUCCUCUCUAAAAUUUGUCCAUCAGAGGUGGGUUUAAGCAAAAGCAGCCCUGUAAAGGUGCAGGUAGUAGAGGAAGGUUCAGAGCCAGAAGACUUCUGGACAGCACUGGGACAAAAGGACAGGAAGGCCUAUGACUGCAUGCUGCAAGAUCCAGGAAAGUAUAACUUCACGCCUCGCCUCUUCCACCUGAGUGCCUCCUCUGGGAGUUUCCAGGCCGAGGAGCUCCAGAGUCCGAUACAGAUGCCGGGGCUUGUGAUGGCAAUGCCUUUUGUCCAGGAGAGCCUGUACAGUGUACCACAACCAGCUUUGUUCCUGCUUGACAACCGUCUGGAGGUCUACUUGUGGCAGAGAGGUCAGCCUGAGCAGACAGAGAGCUCCUCAGCCUGGAGACUCUGGCAUCAUGAGAGGAAGUGUGCCAUGCAGACAGCGCUGCAGUACUGCAAAGAAAUAAACCAGAGAAGGCCGCCACAUGCAUAUCUCAUCCUCGAGGGGGCUGAGCCUCUCACCUUCACUAAUGUCUUCCCACGCUGGGAGAAAAGCCUUGAACCUCAUGCACAGGGUGAUACAGGGCGAGCGAAGCUGACCUUGGUGCAGGACGCCCUGGCCCAGCUCAUGAAGACCCAGUAUCCUCUGGAGGAGCUGCUGCGGAGCCCCCUUCCUGAAGGAGUGGACCCCCAGCGCCUGGAAGUCUACCUGUCCAACGAGGACUUUCAGACUAUUUUGGAAAUGAAGAGAGAUGAAUAUGCCUCCCUCCCAAGCUGGAAGCAAAUUGAUCUGAAGAAAAGCAAAGGGCUGUUUUGUUAGACAAUGAAAUAAACUGGAGGCUGACUGAUGCUCUGACAGCAGAGACUUCCUUGUCUGCUGCGAAAGGAAAAUGGCAUGGGGGGACAUAAGAACCAUGUUUCCACACAAAGGAUUGCUCACAGCAUAAUAAAACUACAAAGAGAUCACUUUUAUUUAUGUCAAAUUAAUGUGUGGACUUUUUAUUGGACAUUCUUUGAAGCUACCAAAUGGUUGAGAGAAAAAAAACCAACAACUUUUUACUGUCUGUACAAAUCAGUGAAAGAUAAUAAAAAAGGUUAUAUGGGAGUAAAAUAAGGACAUCAGCAACAAACAUUGGAAAGAAAACAUAGGAGUGCUUACAAAAAAGAUUAAUGCUAAUAAACAAUGUAAACAGACAAAAAAGGCUAACCACUUCCUAAAUGUUUCUUCCUUGAUCAAUAUCUUUCCAUCAAUAUGUUCUGAGCUGCAGUUUUUCCUCAAUUUUGAUUCUUUUUCCCUACAUAACGAUUACCGCAAGAAUCUUAAAAUAAGAGUGUAUAACAUUGUAAUCUGUGACGUGUACUUUACAAUCAUGUGUCACACUGAUGUGUUCAUUUGUCUGGAAGCCUUGUGUGCACAAAGCUUUGUGCCAUGUGUAUUGUAGCUGUGGCCAACGUGCUCAUUGUGGCUGGGAGCGAUGCCUUAUUAAGGCUCCUUGGGGAUUCACUAUUAGCUAUGCAUGAAGGGACAGGUAGACAUGCUCCAAUAACGUCCCUUUAGCUCAAAGCAACACGCUAAUUCAGUUUCACCUCAAUCAACACACUGUUCCAAACAUCCUCAUAACGCAGCAGUACACAAAGACAUACUGUAUCUCUCAAUGAUGCAUGGAAGCCCAUUAUUUAUUAAAGGAAAAACAAUGUAACACAUGUACCGCUUAACAAAUUUUGAUGUGAAUGUCGGUCUACUUUAAUGUUUGUGUUUUUUUUUCUUUUUUGGUAGUAUGCACAUAGAAACGGAUGCUACAGCUACAGCAAUUUUUAGUUAUUUGUUUUUAAGAUGUCACUCUCAGGUUGGUUCAUUGUCCAUCAUUAAAAAAAAAACAAAAGACCCCAAAACAAAACAGAAACAAGAGUAGCAAACAAAAAGAACCCCUACUAUUUUGUUAACAUGCUCAUAUUGACAGUGCUAGCAUGCUAAUAUUUAGCAUAAUAUGGCUGAGUUCGAGACACUUUUUUUUUUUUCUUUCUUCAUUUUGUUGUCAGCAUUUCUUGACUUACUGUCUAGCAGUGACAAAGUCCAGAGUCACUGGAGAGAAAAUGCUAACAUGCUAAUAAAAGCAUGCUAAUCUUUGCUAAUUAGGCUAAGAUUUGUUUUUUCCAUCUAGAGUAAUUUAUAUUUUACAAUAUGGCUCUACUUCUGGAGAACGACUGUCACAGAAAAUAAGGUUCCUAAAUGACAACUGACGAGAUUAAGUCUGACAGUGGAUAAUGCAAAGUGAUGUGCACAUGUGCAGCAAAUGUAACAACAACCUUAAACAACAUUUCCUAUGCAAGAAUUGAUAAUCUAUGUAUAACAGACGAGCAGUCCGCAAUAGUGGGCUGGCUUGAAAUCAGCCAUUCUUGGCCUGUGCUUGAUAAUCAUCUUAUACCAUCUUUCAUGGUAAGUUGUUGAGGAAUCUCUCAAGAAUAAGUCAAAGAAUUAAAACAUUGUUUGGGGUUCUUCUACAA